CCGUGGUGAGGGAUAGGCUGUGGUGCGGGAUCGGCCGUGGUGAGGGAUCGGUAAUGGUGCGGGAUCGGUAAUGGUGAGGGACCGGCCGUGGUGAGGGAUCGGUAAUGGUGAGGGAGCGGCCGUGGCCGCGGCUCCCCGGCCGCCGGUCCCCGGGUCGGGUCAGGCGCACGGUUCCACAGAAAUUGCGGAAAAAUGCCCUCGGGGUGGCGUUAGAGCCGUGUCGGGGCUGCCACACGGGCUGUGCGGAGCACCCUGCUGGUGGAGGAUGGAGCCGCUCAGCUCCGCGGUGCCAGACCCUGAGAGGAGAGGCAGCGGGCCGAAGCUGAUGCACAGAAGUUCCACCUGAGCUGUACUGUGCAGUGCUGCACGAGGCAGCUGAUUGUCCUGAGGGAUCGUGGGGUGUCUCUCGCUGGAGACGUUCGAGAGCCGUGUGGGCGCAGUCCUGUGCCUCGGGCUGACCCUGCCUGAGCAGGGAGCUUGGACCGGGUGACCCACUACGGUCCCUUCUACCCGACCCGCUCUGUCAUUCCCUGCACUCGCUCCACCUCUGCUUGUGCACACCUUUGCUUUCUUGGCAAGGCAGUGACUUCUCUGAGUACUCUAGAAAUGUUGUCAAACAACAUAGAAGAAAAGGGACGAAAUUACCAAACUUCUGGGUUUUUCUCAUUCAGGUAUUACCUCCAGGCCCCACAAAAUUACAGAAGCAGCAACCAUGAUGUACUAAUAUAACAUGAAAAAUAAAAUUGUCCUUUCACUGAGUUCUGUAUUCAUGUUUCUUCUCACUGGAGGCUUUGGUGAAUAAAAACUUAAGCUGAAGGAAGUACUAACUUGCAUGUAUCUAUUUGGCAUGGUGUCCAUAUGGUGGAGCAAAUGCAGCCCCAAAUACAGGAACAAUAGGCAUCUGCUCCUCGGUGUCAGGUGUGAGAAAGCACAAAGUGAUGCUUUGGGUCUGAGCAGUCACCUCUGCAAACUGUGUCCUUCAAAAAGAACACAAACCCUGCCAGAGUAUCAUCAUUCUGCACAAGUCAGUGCCUCAGGGUACACGCAGAGAAGAAAUGCAGUGUGCCAGCCAUGAUCACCGAAUCAUUAAGGUUGGAAAAGACUGCUGGGAUCACCAAGUCCAAGUGCUGACCUGAUCUCACAUCACUGCUUCAGGGGGAGCAGGCAGCUUGUACUGAACCUGGCCCUGGGACAUGUAGUUACAGAAAACUGAAAGAACUGCAUUUCGUUUGCUUUCUAAUUCUCAGUGUUAGGAACGUUUUUAACUCUGUGGGUCAAUGCAGAUGUGGAUAAAGUUUUGCCUUUCGGGAAACACGCAAGGAGUUUGCGUGCUAAGAUGCUUAGACACGUUGGCUCUUGGUGUUUGGUUCCACCUGCUGUCUCCUUUGGGAAGUUCCUUGUUUUAUGGACCAGCUCUAGAACUUGCAUCUCUCCUCUCGUGGUAUGCACUGACUUUUGCUUCCACCUGCUGUGUAAUUUGAUAAAACUCCUUGUUUCAUUGACCUGACAGCUGAGAUUUGUACUUGUUAAUAAAGUAGCUCUGCAUUUUGACCCUAUUUCAGAUACUAGAGAAAUCUCUGAAACUUCAGAAUUAUUCAAACUGGGAGCUGUAUUACCUAGUUAAUUCUGCUCAGUGUAGACAUGACACUGUUACACUUCAUUGUGUUGAUAUUACGUUGUAGAGGAAUAGAUGUAGAAAAAAAGCAGAAAUUUGGAGGGAUAUUUUACAUUUUUUUUUUUUCAACAGCGAGGAAGAAACCCCAAGACUCCAAAACAACCCCAACCCUGAAUCUGACCUUGAAUCAGACACUAAGACAGGGAAAAGAGGCUCUGUUUAUGCCUAAUAUCCAAGGGAAAUGAUUCAAGAACAGUUCAUUCUUAGAUUAAGAAGGGCCAGGAAACUUUGCCAAGAUUGAUAGAAUCUCAAGUUAUUUGCCAUGCAAGUGCUGGUACUGGAAGUUACAGUGGCCCAACUUUUCAGAUCUUUAUUUAAAAAAUCAUAUGCCUUAGAAUGCAUCUUAAGCAAAAAAUAAGAACAGAUGUUUAGAGAUAAAAGGGUAUGAAUAAAAUUAUAAUACAUGGGUUGGAAAUACCUAAAUUCAUGAACCAUUUGUUAUACAUUUCCCUCUAGCAAGCCCACUUGGCAAUUCCUUUAAACAGAACUGAGGUUCUAGUCAGGAGUUGGCCCAGCUCUAGUCAAACACCACUGGCAUUAGCUGUGCUCCCACACAGGUUUCCCUCUCCAUUCUGUAGGCAACAACAGCUUUCUCCUUGCAAUAUUCUGCUUGCAUCUCUGAGAUGGGUUGAUAGCCUCCAGCACAGUGUUCUAGUAUAAUGCUCUCUUCUUGUGAAUUGAAGAAAACUCUGGAACUCAGACAGCUUUCAUAUCCUUGCAAGUCAGGAUAGUUCAAACAGUUUUAAUAUACUCCUAUUUGUAUUUUUUAAUAAGCAACAUAGAUAUUUUUGCUGGACUUGCUUUUUUUAUUAGUUUUUAUUUCCAUCUCCAUCACAUUUCUGUUUCUUUUUUUUCAGUUGCAUCUUCUGAGUGUCUAGCUAUGCUUUCCAUCCAGUAAUGUGCAAGGAGAAAGGACUGUGGACUGUGAAGAAGACUACCAAGGCUAUGUGCUGAAGGCUAUCAAGAUCCUGCCAUUCUUGGAGAUAAAUGUGUAAACAUCUGCAGCAUAAAACAGCUCCAGAUGGGACUUUUUACCAAAUUUCAGAAAAUGUGUCAGAGAGGGGUAUUGGAAAGACAGACUGUUUAUGCUGGGGAAUUGCUUUCCUCAGAAAUAUCCUGUUGUAAACUUACAGCUAAAAUAUUUCCCUCACUGGCUUUAUCUUUCCCCCUUCCAAGACUGUAAGUUUCAGUUCAAUCAUGUCAAGCUGGACUGACAGUCACUGUGGCAAGAAAGCUUGCUCCAUCAGUAUGUACAGCAACCACACUAGGAAGUUUUGGAGGUGUAUUUUAACUACAGAUGAAAAUCCAACUGUGAAUUCUCAGUAUUGGCUCCUUUUUUUUGAAAGGUAGCAAAUGUCAAAACCAAUCUGCACAAGCUGCAGAUACUUCUGCAAGAGGCAAGGAAAAAAAGAAAACAUAAAUCCACAUGUGAUUCUUGCAAUGUAGGAGUCUAGUAUCCCCAGGAAGCACACUUAUUGACACUGAAAGAGUAAAUUAAAUCCCUGACUUCCUGAAAAUAACAACUUGGAUCUCCUUCCAGGUCUAAUGAGCCAGAAGGAUUUUAGAUAUCAGAAGUAACAGAUGAUGUGAAGGAAAAUUGAUGCAUGUCCAGAUCAGGUCAAAGCAGUAGCACUGUUAGAGGGAUUAGGAAGUGUUAUCUCAGCUCCAUUGCUGUUGGAUAUGGAAAUGCUAUUCAUGGCAUGUACACGUGUUGUUCACAAGGACCUAUUUUUAUUUACACUGGAGACAUUCACUUUCAUUGUGGAACACAUGAGCUGUCUUCACUCGUGUCACUGCAUCCCUGAAGGAGGGUCUGUAACUUCUGUGCCAGUUCUGCAACAGAACAGUGACUACAUAAUGGCUACGAGGCCCACAGAGGUCACACAGUCACCUGAAACUGGAGACACAGUCGAAGAGUGCACAGGAAAGAAAAAAUCCAAAUUUCAGACUUUCAAGAACUUCUUUGCCAAGAAGAAAAGGAAAGAACCUCCACCUCCCAGGGGAGAGAGUAAUUUAAAACCUUGCCAGUCCAGCAGCGAUGUCAGCAUCGCUGUGCUCAACACUGCUGCACUUCAUUCACCGAGGGAGGCUGGGCCCAAGGGCAGCAUGGGAAACAAAGCCUUGUCCCAUGACAGUGUCUUCAUUUUUGAGUCUGCACCAGGAAAUGUGACAGGUGACGUCUUGUCUCAGGAAAACAUACCUGGAAGGGUGAAAACUUUACAGCUUCAGCUGCAGCAGAAUGUCAAACUUGGAUCACCUCCUCUUGUUAUAACUGGGAAAAAACUGGAAGAUGCAGGUGCUGUUUCUGAAGAUGAUGGCUUACCUAGAAGCCCUCCUGAAAUUUCAACCCUUCAUGAAGUUCUGACAGAUUCGCCAAACAAGUCCUCCAACCCUGUUCAGCGUCAUAGCUCUUUGAGUUUAGGCGGGACAGACAGUGAAGAUGAACAGAUACCUUCUGGAGCUUCCUCCAGGCCCAUCAGUCCUUUAUCCUCUGCCACUCAGGGGACCCCCAUCUCACGAGGCAGCAGCUUCCUUCCUGUCGAUUUUACCACCCCUGCCAGUCCCCUUGGCUGCCUGGACACCUCAGCAGCCAGGCACAGGAUUGCCAUCAACCCUCGGAAACAGAGAGGCUUUACCAACAAGCAUCAGCUGCCCCUCCAGGUGGAACAGCUGGAAAAUGAAACUUGUCUUCCUGCAACUCCAGAAAGGAAGGGAAAUUCAAUAGAUUUACUUGAGAGUGACAAACAUAAAAGCGAUUGGGAAGGUAAAGAAGACACAGGAUUAUCAGCCCAGGUGGGACACUGUGCAAAGGGAGGUGGUUUUAAGGAGACACCAGCUGUAAAAACUCCCACUGAUGCUGCCCCUGAAUCCUGUGAUUCCACACCUGUGGCAGAAGACCCCUGUGCUUUGCUGCAAGGGGAUGGGUGCCUGCCUGGUGUGGGCCGUCACAAAGGAGCCACACUUCUCCUGAGGCCUGAGCCUUCCCCAGUGAGCCUGCAAGAACACCACAGUGCCAGAGUGCUGUAUCCUGCAGAGGGGUCUGCUGAGGAAUCAAAAACACAUCCUCAAAGGACCAGUGCUGAAGUACCUGCACUUCCAGAGUUGCAGCAACUUGAAGGAGAAGCUGCUGGGUCUCCAGACAUACCAGCAGCUGACUUGUUUAGCAGUGGUGUGGAAACAGUGGGCAUGGAUAUAUUGCCAGAUGUUGCACCAAGUUCCUCAGUAAAUUCUGUGGAUCCAAACAUUAAAGCCCAGGAAAAGGGGGAUCCACUGUUUAGUGGAAAGGAAGAACUCUGCUUUGGUGCUACUGGGAAUCACUCCAGCCAUGCUGUUUCAGAUACUGCACUGAGCACUCCACGAGCUGCAGCAGCUGUCUCAGAGUCGUGUUCUGACAUCAAGAUAGUGGCUGAUUUGAGGUCUGAAAAGAGUUCAGUAGCAAAAAAUGACAAAGAAACUUGUGAAAUUAUGGAAUUUCAGUUAUCCAGGGAUGGUGUAGAAAAAAAAAUAGACACUGCUGCAUCUGUCUCAGAAGCAGUUUGUGUGGUACCUUGCAGUCAGCUGGAAGUAUGUUUUAAAGCAGAAAUUGUUCCUGUUUCAAAGGGUAACCAAGGCAGUCAAAAGGCCAACACAUCAUGUGUUUCUGAAAAACUUUCCAUUGGGUGUCUUGCCUCUUCAAGUCUGGCUGGCUUGAAGAGUAAUAUAUCUUCUGAUGCUGACAGUAAGGAGCACCAGGUAAGCACUACAGCUUCUCACAGAAAAACAGCAGAAGGCAGUCAAUCAUCAGAUGAAAAUGUAAAAAGUCCACUGAAGACUGCUUCUGCUAAACCAGUCAGAUUUACCAUUGCACCAGCAUGGCAAAGAUCUCUCUCAGGGGGUUCAAAUUCAAAGGAAGAUUCCUACUCCAGAAGUUCUCCAACAUCCCCCAUAAGACCAGAGUUCUUUGAAGGAAUGACAAAAGAACCUGCACGAUUUGAUGCAAUUAUGCAGGAAUCAGCAAAAACCAAUGCAGACAGAUUUGAUCGAGAUUGUAAGGACAGAGAUCUGCACUUGAAUUCUUUUAUGGAGUGGGCUGACCAUGAAACACAAAACUUUGAGAGCCCAUUUGGGGUCCGACUAAGAAGAACAUCAUCUUUACUAAAAUACCAGACUGAAAGCCAUGUAGAGCCUCCAAAGCUGAUCCCCUCAGCUGCUCCAGUUGCUUCUUCUGCUUCAGUCAAGGAGGAUCAGAAACUGAUGGGCACUGGGAAGACAUCUCCAAGCCUUCCUGUCAACACAAAAUCAGUUGUUAAAAAAACAGAUCUCCUAGAAGACAAAAAUCCUACCAAGGCAAGAUCAGAAGAAGUGGCAAAGAAGCAAAAUGGCUAUAAACCUUCAGAAAAAGUCUCUCCAUAUUUGGAAACUGCUUCCUCUGAACCAGCUUGGGUCUCCAUGGCAAAGCUGAAACAAAAGGGUUUCCAGGACCAUCCUCUUGCCAAAGAACAUAAAGAUGAAGACAAAGCUUUCACCAAAGUGGAUCAGGGGGAGGUAGAGUGCCAGCCAGGGAUGUGUGCUAGUGAGGACACGCUGAAGAAGAACAUGCCUUCCAGCUCUCAGGACAGGAAAACACAAAUGAAGACUGGUGUGUCUGCAGCAGCAGGUAAAGUUGGACCAAUUUCUCAGGAAGCAUCCGUGGUUCCUGCUGUUGAAAAGGAAGCAAGGCACUCCUCUAACCUGCCAAUGACACCCUGCAGUCCUGCUGAACCACCCUGGCUGUCCCUGGCCAAGAAGAAAGCCAAAGCAUGGAGUGAAAUGCCCCAGAUCGUACAAUAGCAAAUGACAUGACCAUCCUUCUUUGCAUUGCCAAUAGCUGUGUUAACUCCACUUAAUCCCUUCUUUACUGUGACCAUUUCUUUUCUUUCCAGAAAUAGGAGCCUUAAAACUUUUGAUCAGACUGUUGUAUAUAAAGACAUAAUGAAGAAAUGCCAUUGUGGGCUUAAUCUGAUGUAUGAGGAAGCUGAGCAUUCCCUACUACCAGACACUAGGAAAAUUUUGUUCAUUUUUAUAUGCUUACACAUCUGAUGGUGAUGUUCUGAAAAGACAUGCUUCAGGCUUUUGAAACAUUUCUCUAGCAAAAUAUGUUUUUAAAGUAUCUUUUAAAGAAACUUGUUCUUUUAAAAAGACUGUACAGUGUUUUGUAGGGUUUGGCUUUGAGAUAAGAAAUUAACGUAUGCUUUAAAAUAUUCACAAUGCUGGGCACUGACACACCGUGAGUCAUGGACACUGAUGUCAUCACACUUCUUUCUCUAGAGCUCUAGGCUGGGCAGCCUGACUCUGCUUCAGAUUGUUAAUGAUCUGUUUUGUGAUAACUGCAAGAUCUUAACACACCUGAGUUGGAGGGUUCUGGCUUUUGUGUGAUUUGAGGCCUCAGUGCUGUUGGACUUGUGCUUGCUCACAGAUCCCCACUGGAAUGGCCCAGAGCUGCACACCAUUCUCUCCCAUGCACUGGACAGCCACCACACUGUAGCAUGUGUCUGCUUUUAGUUAUACCUGUAAAAAUCUGGGUAAAUUAAACAUUCUACAUAGUUUCUUUAACUAUGGCAAUAGUGAUUUUUUAAAAAGAUUCCUCAGCUGAUUGUCUCUCUUAAAGAGUAUGUUGGGGGGAGAACUUGCUCCUUGGAAAGGCAUCUUCUUUUCAAGAAAUGCCACCCUCCAUGUUCAUAAGGAUGUAUAUUUACUCAGUUGUAUGUAGUGUUAGUCAUAAAAGGGGCAUCUGGUUUCCUUCUUGUCUCAUCAGUCUUUAACCAUUAACUCAACAUCAGUCUGAGAAUGUGCAGCUGGAGCAGGGCCUGGCCUUGCAGUCACUCAAACUCACAAAAGUUUUGCUGUUGACUUUGAAGGCUGCAGACAUUUGAAAAAUAAGCUUUGUGAAAUAAUGUUGGUAGGUUAAGAGACAGUGGCACUUACUGGUGCUUCCAGUUCUUGCAGAAUUGCACGUCUAUGUAGUUUUUGUUUACAGCCAGUGCAAAAUUUGAAGUCUGAUUGACUGGUUUUAGCUGGAAAGUUGGUCAGAAUUUUUAAAGGAAAAUAUUAUCUAUUGAUAGGAUUAACUGCAAACCAAAGAAAAUUGGUUUCAGAUCAGCUCAAGCAAGACUUUAAUCUUCCAGUUUUGGCCUGAAUUUAAUAUGUAGUUUUUGCAAUUUGAAAACAGUAUUAACUAGGAGCUAGACUGUGAUAUAUUUUUUUUUAAAGGUGAAAACUUACUUGCCCAGGAAGGCUCAGAAUCUAUAGAUACUAUUUAUUCUGGACUAACACCAGAACAGAAUUUCACUUGAUAAGGAAACAAGGAGUGGCUUGGUAAUUGAUGCCUAUUUUGUAACUUCUUUUUCUCAGCUUUAGGAAGCAUAUAUUUCCUUACAAAGAACUGAAACUUUUGAGUGUAAUGUAAAAGAAUUUAAUCAGCUUUGAUU